UCUGAAUGAAUUAAAAAAAAAGUAAAAAAAAUUAUCCUCUCUCUGUUUCUCCUCCUCUUCCCCCCGCCACCGCCACCGCCAGCCAUCUCCGGCAAGCCGCCGCUCUGUACUGUACAAAGAGAGAGGUUGAGCGGAGCGGAUGGGGAUACAGAGAGCGCUCGUCUCCGGCCAGCCGGCGCUGCUAUGCCCCUCUCCUUCUGGAUGGCCACGGAGCAGCAGCAGCAGCAGCAGCAGGGCUAGGAGAGCACCGGGCGCCGCUUCUGCUUCUGCUUCUGCUUCUUCUUCCUCCUCCCCAAACAGAUGGCCAUCCCUAUCCCUAUCCCUAUCCAGGCUGGGAAGUGGAACCACCAUCAUCCCCACGCAGGCCGAGCGCCUCCUGCUUCCUCUUCCUGGGCUCUUGGAUUUCACAAGCCGGCGCACCGGCACAGCAAUUCCCCCUAGGCUCCACGCGCUGCCUCUGCCCCCUUUCCAAGAGGAUGCUGCUCUUUCUCUUUCCAAGAAGGAGGAGGAGGAGGAGGAGGAGGAGGAGGAGGACAAUGCUCUCUUGCUCGGCAGCGGCCUUUAUCCUGGGACUGUCGGCAUCGACCUCAUUCUUCUAGCCCUGCCUGCAGUCUUGGGCCAGGCCAUCGACCCCAUGGCGCAACUCAUGGAGACCGCAUACAUCGGCAAAUUAGGUGCCCUGGAGCUAGCGUCUGCUGGUAUUGGUGUCGCUAUUUUCAACAUUCUAUCCAAGAUUUUCAACAUUCCCUUGCUGAGCAUAGCAACCUCAUUUGUGGCUGAGGAUAUUUCCAAGAAUGCUAGCAAGCAUUCUACUUCAGGCAAACUGGAGCUGCCAUCUGUGUCUUCUGCUUUGGUUUUAGCUGCUGCUAUUGGUACAAUCGAAGCAUUGGCAUUGUUCCUAGGAUCAGGAUUGUUUCUUAAACUAAUGGGCGUGUCACCUGUCUCUCCCAUGUAUAAAUCUGCACGACUCUUUCUUUCGCUGAGAGCCUUAGGAGCACCUGCAAAUGUGAUUAUGUUAGCAGUGCAGGGUAUCUUCCGUGGAUUCAAGGAUACCAAGACUCCUGUACUUUUUAUAGGUUUGGGCAAUCUUUCAGCCGUGGCCCUUCUUCCGCUACUUAUAUAUGGUUUUAAGCUUGGUAUAACAGGAGCCGCAAUUUCUACAGUCGCAUCCCAGUACAUUAUUGCCAUUUUGCUUAUGUGGUCUCUAAGUAAAAGAGCUGUUCUGCUUCCUCCAAGGGUGGACCAGUUAGAGUUCGGUGGAUAUUUAAAAUCUGGUGGCAUGCUAUUGGGACGAACCCUCUCAAUUCUGUUAACUAUGACCAUCGGUACAUCAAUGGCUGCUCGACAAGGCCCAACGGCUAUGGCUGCUCAUCAGAUUUGUUUGCAAGUAUGGCUUGCUGUAUCUUUGCUUGCAGACGCUUUAGCAGUUUCUGCCCAGGCUCUGAUAGCAAGCUCUUAUGCCAUACUGGACUACAAAAGGGUCCAGAAGGUUGCGAUGUUUUCUCUGCAGAUAGGACUAGCUAGCGGGUUAGCUUUGGCAGUUGGCCUGUAUAUCUCAUUUGGCAGUAUAGCAAAGCUAUUUACCAAUGACCCUCAGGUCCUAGCGGUUGUGAGCUCCUGUGCAUUGUUUGUCUGUGCGAGUCAACCAGUUAAUGCCUUGGCAUUCAUCUUUGAUGGCCUGCAUUAUGGCGUCUCAGAUUUUGACUAUGUCGCUCAAGCUACGAUCGUGGUUGGGGUGAUAUCAUCGUUGGUCUUGUUAUAUGCUCCACGUGUCUUUGGCCUGGCCGGAGUUUGGGCUGGUUUGACAACACUCAUGGGAUUGCGCAUGGCCGCAGGCAUCCUGAGAAAGAAACAAACAAGGUCUGAAGAAGAAUGAAUCCAUGAUGCUUCACCAACAGAGGAGGGAUGUGGACGGCUGACCUCCUGCAAUUCUUCAAUUUUACUGCCGUCGUCGUCCUGGUGCCAGCUUUUGCUGCCGGCCAGGUGGCCUAGCACGGCGGACGCGGAGGCGCCCUUGUAGAUGUGGCCGCCCGCCCCAGGACACGAGGCGGCGGACGCGUUGUCGGGUUCGACGCGCUGGCAUACAAGACGCCGACGAGCUCCGCCACGGACGCCUCUCCAGUGACCCGCGAAAGCUUGUUGUGGUUGACCCUGACCGCGCCGUGCAUCGCCACCGCCCGCUGCCACUCGUCUGGUCCCUCCAGGCAGGCGCCGGUGACCUUUUUCUCCUCCUGCUCUCCCCUCUCGACGGUGGCCAGGAUUUGUGGUGGGGGCGGCGAAUCGACGGGCAGCAAGUGCCGGAUUUGCGGAAGGGGAUGGGGGAAAAGUUUGGAAAUUUAGGGAUGCGGAAAGGGGAGCGGUGGAGGUGCAGGGGGAGCAGUGGAGCUGCGCGGGGGGAGUAGUGGAGCUACGCGACGUCGCCGGCGUCGCGGUGGAGCUGCGCGGCAGUGCGGUGUGCUCGAGCUACGCGACGUCGCCGGAGUCGCGGGAGAGCUGUGUGGUGGAGCUGACCAGUGGAGGAGACGACUGGACCGCGGGUUCUGUCGGAUAAACCUGAAGGACUUUUGUAUUUGGCUUUCAGGGCGGGUGGUCUUUUCUGAGCAGAAAUUGUUUACUACCACUGUACUUUGCACUUAAUAACAAUAUGAUUGCUAUAUUUUUCUUCUUGUGAA